AUGAAGCUGAACAUCUCCUACCCGGCCAACGGGUCCCAGAAGAUCGUCGAGAUCGAAGAUGAGCGCAAGCUCCGUCCCUUCAUGGAGAAGCGCAUGGGCACCGAAGUUACUGGUGACUCCCUCGGCGAUGAGUUCAAGGGUUACCUCUUCAAGAUUACCGGUGGUAACGACAAGCAAGGUUUCCCCAUGAAGCAGGGUGUUCUCCUCCCCACCCGUACCCGUCUGCUCCUCGCCGACGGCCACAGCUGCUACCGCCCCCGCCGCACCGGUGAGCGCAAGCGCAAGUCCGUCCGUGGUGCCAUCACCGGUCUCGACCUCUCCGUUCUGGCUCUGUCCAUUGUCAAGCAGGGUGAGGGCGAGCUCCCCGGCCUGACCGACACCGUCGUCCCCAAGCGCCUGGGCCCCAAGCGUGCCACCAAGAUCCGCCGUUUCUUCGGCCUCGACAAGAAGGAUGAUGUCCGCAAGUUCGUUAUCCGCCGUACCGUCACCAAGGAGGGCAAGCCCGAGUACACCAAGGCCCCCAAGAUCCAGCGUCUGGUUACUCCCCAGCGCCUGCAGCGCAAGCGCCAGCGUGUUGCCAUCAAGCGCCGCCGCUCCGAGGCUGCCCGUGAGGCCGCCAACGACUACGCCAAGCUCCUGGCCAACCGUGUCCACGAGGAGAAGGCCAAGCGUGAUGAGCUCCGCAAGCGGAGAGCUUCCUCCAUGCGGAAGUAA